AUGAUCGAUGACCGAUGUUACAACCGCUUCUUGGAAUUGUCUCAGAACGUUGAUCGCGACGAGGACAAUAACCGCACCGGAAUCGUUGGUUGUGUCACCCCAUGCAACUUCUUGUUCCUUACUCAACGUGCCGGUCGUGUCGCAGGAAUCGAAGCUUUGAUUUCACAAGGAUACAAUCCGAAUGCCGUCAACAUUUCGAACAUGUCGGAGAACCUAUUACUUGACAUGAGUGGCAAUGCUAUGACCUCAACUGUUGUGGGUACAUUCAUGUUUGCAGCACUGAUUCAUUUCAGAGACGUCUUCGACUUCGAGGGUCGACCCGAAGUUAUGGAAGAAUCUGAGCCGGGAUCCGAUUAUUUCGACAACUUGGAAUCUCAUCAGUCUCAUCCAGCUUCAUCACAGCUUUCGCAAAGAGAACUGUACGCACGUGUGUAUGCGAGGGUCAAAGCCUUGUCGUCUCACGAUAACUUCAACGGUGCAAGGUGUGCCAACGUCGUGUUGAAAUGCGGUAAGAACCCUGAACACAACUACGAGCCAAUUCUCCUGGAGCGAAACGAGCCUGUUGACUUCGCAAAUAUCAUCAAGAAGGUUUUACCCUUUUCGAUCAACCUCUCAGGCCUCUUUUCCAGCACUGUCAAAGGACUUCUUGACCAAACCUGCAAGCAAUUACCCCCUGGUUUCACCCUGGACUCCUGGACCCAUGUAAUUGAAAGAUUUCACCUAGCUUUGUCGUCCACGGUUUAG